GUGACGGAUGAUGUGGACGUGAAACGGUUGAGAGCAUCAGCGUGUCUUCAAGGAAGAGGAAAAAAAACAUAUAAACUCUUUAAGACGGACUCACGGAUAUGACGCGGGUAUUUUGAGAGGUGUCUGAGUUUCUCUGGACACAGACCGAACACGCACUGUCCACGAUGAUGGCAGAAUGCGACCCCACCGACGGCGAGCCGGGGAACGGCAGCGGAGAUUCAACACCGGAGACGAACUUUCUCUCUUCGGAGGUGCCGGCUGUGUUAUUUGAAAAAACCCGGUCGGCACCGUCGUUGGGACUCUCGUUGAGCCCCGGAGCAGCUGUCCGGAUUUCGGACUCGACGGAAAGCGUGUUGACGGAGCUGGAAGCUGACGGGUCCGGCGAAGAGGCGCUCCUGUUACCGGGACCAGCCGGGAGCCUCUCACCUCGAGCUGGAAAAGAGAAAAGGACCCGGAGGAACAUGCUCAGCUCAUCAUCCGAUAAUCUAGCAUCUCCAGGUAAUAGCAGUGGAGAAUUCAACCAUUUCCCAGAAGACCCAGAGUUCGGGGAGAUUAUCCAGAGGGCCGAACAGGCCAUAGAAAACGGCGUCUUUCCUGAACGCAUCUCACAAGGAUCUAGUGGAAGUUACUUUGUCAAGGAUCCUAAAGGGAAAAUCAUUGGGGUAUUCAAACCAAAAUCAGAGGAGCCUUAUGGUCACUUAAACCCAAAAUGGACCAAAUACUUCCAUAAGGUUUGCUGCCCGUGCUGUUUUGGCCGUGGCUGCCUCAUUCCCAAUCAGGGCUACCUCUCUGAGGCAGCUGCCUCCCUUGUGGACCAAAAACUGGGUUUGUGGAUUGUACCCAAAACUAAGGUUGUACAUUUGGCUAGCGAGACUUUUCACUAUAAUGCAAUUGACCGUGCCAAAUCCCGUGGUAAGAAAUAUGCACUUGAGAAAGUCCCCAAAGUUGGACGACGGUUUCACAGAGUUGGCCUUCCUCCAAAGGUGGGCUCAUUUCAGCUGUUUGUGGAGGGCUAUCAUGAAGCUGACUUCUGGCUGAGGAAGUUUGAAGCAGAGCCUCUUCCAGAGAACAUGAGGAAACAGCUGCAGUCUCAGUUUGAGAGGCUGGUUGUGUUGGAUUACGUUAUUAGAAACACAGACAGAGGGAAUGAUAACUGGUUGAUCAAGUAUGAGAAGCCGGGCGAUGGAGAGCUGACAGAGAAGGAAUCUGAGUGGACUGAUCCAAAAGACUCGGCCAUAAAAAUUGCAGCUAUAGAUAAUGGUUUGGCCUUCCCCUUUAAACAUCCUGAUGAGUGGAGAGCAUAUCCGUUCCACUGGGCUUGGUUGCCUCAGGCCAAAGUGGCCUUUUCCCAGGAGACCCGAGACCUUGUGCUAUCUCGCAUUUCCGAUAUGAACUUUGUACAGGACCUCUGUGAGGACCUUUAUGAGAUGUUCAGGACGGAUAAAGGAUUCGACAAAACCAUGUUUGAGAAACAGAUGUCCGUUAUGAGAGGACAGAUCUUAAACCUGACACAGGCUUUGAAAGAUGGGAAGAGCCCGAUCCAGCUAGUGCAGAUGCCUCGUGUGGUGGUGGAGCGGAGCCGCAGUGGGGGCCAGGGCCGCGUGGUUCAGCUAGGUAACGCUUUCACUCAGACAUUUCACUGCAAGAGACCCUUCUUCACCUCCUGGUAAAAGAGCUGCACAGACAGAACCAGUUUACAUGGACUACAGUCUUAAACCGGACUAAGGUGAGUUUCAGACACUGGAUGGAGAACUUUCAGAUGAAGAUUUCCAGGGUGAAUCGUAGCAAAGUGAGACACUUGCAGGACUGCACAUGGAGAAUCUGAGGCCUUUCGUUUUCCUGAGCCUUUUCUCAGUUUCUCUGGAUGGAUUGUCUAAAGGGAAUCAAUCAAAUGUUGAAAAUGCUGAAGUUUUUGUGUGCGACAGCCUUUCUCAACUGCCAAUUGUUUUAUAAGUAUAACUAUAGAUCUUAUUAAUGAAGAAUGAUGCAUUCAGAUUAAUUUAAACUUGAAAAUAAACAAUGCUUGAAUGUAACUUGCAAGUUUACAUUUUACACUUCACAUUUCAACACCAAGGAGCACUGGUGACCGUGGUAUUUAAUAUGAUGAAUGUAUUUGCUGGUUGUGUAACAGGACAUGCGUUUGUUAAAGGCGGGAGCUUUUAAGCCCCUGUUGAAAGUGUAAUUCCAAAAGGUUUUUAAUUCUUUUUCUCUUGUUCUCUAUCACGCAAUCCUGUGUAUGCAUCUUGGACUUUGUAUUCCAGCCUAACGGUUGUUUAAGUAGAGCGGUAUAUUUAAAGUGAAUAAAAAAAUAAAGCUUUGAGAUUUCAAAA